ACGAAUCGGAAGCUGACUUCAUCGGUGUCAGGGAACAUGUGAAUGUCAUGCCAGCUUAAUCCACUACCUGAAUCAGUUCAUGCCUGGUUGCUUGUAGUUAUAGGUGAAAGUUGGCAUGUAAAUUACAUCUUGCAGGACUGUGCCUUCGUUCACCUCAGACAGCUCAGAAUCGGGAAGAAUCUGACUUAGCUGAUUCAUUAACUAGCCUGCUAAUGUUAGCAUUUUAGCUUCAGACGGAAUCGCGAUGGAUCCUGACCAACAACUGAGAAAUCUGCGGGAUUUUCUUCUGGUUUACAACCGCAUGACUGAAAUCUGCUUCCAGCGAUGCACCAGCAACUUCAACUACAGAAACCUCACCAUGGACGAGGAGCGCUGUGUGGACAGCUGUGCGGGGAAACUGAUUCGGUCUAACCACCGCCUGAUGGGCACCUAUGUGCAGCUGAUGCCUCGGAUGGUGCAGCGCCGGAUGGAAGAGAUGGAGAGCAAGGCUGCAGAGAAUGCCAAGGCAGCAGAGGCAGCGACUUCUGCAUCUAUAGGGCCUCCUGCCACAGAGGCCCUACCUGCGUCUCCAAGCCCCUUCACCUCGUCUCCAUCCCCACAAAUACCUGCACUGUUGACCCCUAUAGCGACUGAUGUCGGACCAGAGGCCCAUGGCUCAGUCUUAAAGCCAGCAGGAUUAGAUAUUCCAGUAGAGCUGGAGGCUGCUGUGUCCAAAUCCACAACAGCCACUGCGGCCAAAUUAUCUGCCGCCGCACCACUAACACCUGCAACUGAAACAAUAAAUACUUCAGUACUUAAUAAAGCUGACAAUGGACCAUCUUAUACUGCAGGCUUUCCUCAGCCGCCCAUAGCUGGCUCCCAAACUGAGUCUGUAAGCUCAGUGCCUGUGUUUAUGCCAUCUAAAUCAACCUUAUCAGAAAAUGCUCUUGUGUCAACAGUCGCUGCACCUACAGUCGCAAAAUCGACAGAGAGCCUGUCGGGCCAAGAGAGAGCCCCAGAGGUUCCCCCUCCGUCAGGCCAGUAAUGAUGCCCAGUCCGGGUCAGUCUCAGCUUGUCAAACUCCCACCACAACCAACACAAAUCUGAUGAGUAGCUCAUUAAUGGCAAUCCCAAACAAUGAUGUUAUUCUCUGUAUUGCUGAAAAGAAUAGUUGAUUAAUGGAUUGACGUAAAUUAUAAAAUAACUUAACCGUUAUAUAUGAUAUCAUCAUGACAUGUCAUAUAUAACUAACGUUUUCAUAGUGUAAUUUAAAAAGUCUUUGAGGUUUUGUUUUUCAUUAUGUGAUUGACAAAGUUAGCAACAUGAAGACCUCAUUUUACACUCUGCUAACUUGUGACUGGCAAAAUCCAGGUGUUAAACUCUCUGUUGUUUUGUCAUGAAAGGCAGUAACAAGAAUUAAUUUUUAAUAUGUGUAUAUAAGCGUGUCUGUGCAGUGGUGAGAAUAUUGCCAGUCAGAUCUCCACAGUGAUCAGUCUUCAGUCUGCAGACCUGGAUUGUGGAAGCUUGAUCACAUUUGGACUUAAGUCUGGACUUUCAAAAGCCUGGACGGCUCAGUCUGAUUAUUCCCCAAACACACUCAGUCCUGUUAAUUGUUUUGUAGGUUGACACAGCAACAGCAAAAAUGGUAAUUAUCAGCAAUAAACGAGAGUAUUCGAUA